UGUGAUAUCUGUGGUAAAUCGUUCACUGUAAGUAGUGACAUAAUUAGGCACAAACGUAUUCAUACAGGAGAGAAGCCAUAUCACUGUGACAUUUGUGGUAAAUCUUUCUCUGUAAGUUGUCACUUAGUUGAACAUAAACGUAUUCAUACAGGAGAGAAGCCAUAUCACUGUGAUAUCUGCAGUAAAUCAUUCUCUGUAAAUAGUGCCUUAACUAAACACAAACGUAUUCAUACAGGAGAGAAGCCAUACUUGUGUGAUAUCUGUGGUAAAUCAUUCUCCCGGAGCAGCAACUUAAAUACGCAUGUACGUAUUCAUAAAGAAAUGUAACUGCAUCCAUGUUAAAAUUCAUAAAUAUUUUAAGCUUCACCUAAACUGGGGGUUGCCCGGUGUGUUUUAGUCACAGCAAUAACUAAUCCACUUGUGGAUCACUUCUUUUGGCCGUCAUUUACAGCCUCCCAAUAUUAUAUUUUAUCUCUCCUCAACUAUAUCUACAUUAGUGAGAUAUUGAAACAAAUAUUGUUAUGUUUUGGUGGAGUCAUAAUUAAUAAAAUCUAUAAACACACUGGCCA